UUUAACUCAUUCACAAGAUAACUGAGAAUAUCCGCAUUCACAAAACACAGUGACACAGAUCAGCACCACCUCUCAGCAGCAGCAGCAGCAGCAAGGCACAGUCAGUCUGUGCUGACCGGAGAUGUACACAUAGAGGAAGCCAAGGAAACACUGCUAGCUAAGCUAAGGCUUGCAGACAAAUGCUUAGAGCUGUUCUAGAGAUUUGCAGAGGAAUAUCCCUUGAACUAAAGCCAUAUCUGCGGAUUUAUCCCAGAGACACUAUGCAGCCCAGCUACAAUCUUGGGAGCGAUUGCAUCCGUCUGUAGCAUCUCUGGAUUUCUGACGCUGUAAGCCGCAAACAAAAAAAUUGCGCGUGAUCCCUCGCCGCUGGUGUGGUGUUUGGGGGGGGGGGGGGGGACACACCUAUACGUCAGUAGCCCACGGUCAAGGAGGAGUAUUCAUUGAGACUUUUCCUAUAGCUGGGAUGCAUACAAAGGGCAAGACGGAGAAGCAGUAGCUACCUGGAUCUGGGUGGAGACUAUAUACUUGCCUAGCACCAUGGAUCUAAAAAUGCACAUAGGAUCUUCUGAUGUACCUUGAUGGAAGAUACAAAUUAAACAUAUUACUAUCCAAAGAGUGACUGUCAUUACAUACUCAAGGAAGGAGGUAGCAAGGCCAUGGAUAUUUCAACUGGAGACAUCCAGCAGGUUCUUUCCCUUGACCAAAUUCGUUCCAUCAGGGCAAACAAUGAUUACGUGGAGCGGCCAGCUGUCUCAUUUAUGCAGACUUGGUCUAAUCCUUCCAUUUCCCAACAUGCUGCAAAACAAGAGUGGUCUAAUGACCACCUGGUGUCCUAUAAUCACCAGGAUCUACAUCGCAGCCAAAGUCAUCAACACCAAUCACAACAUCUUAUCCACGAUCUAAGUCAUUCCAGUACAAUAAGCUCAGUUUCUCGGAGUACCACAGCAUCAGACCAGAGACUACUAACUGGAAUCACUCCAUCUAAUUCAGGGCAUUCACUUAUGAGGACACAGCCUAAGGAUGGUGACCUGAAGCAAGACCAGUUUGUUAUAGGGAUAAUGGAGAGGUCAGAUAGAUACAUGAUAGAUACACGCCAUUAUUUCAUCUGUGAGGAGUGUGGGCGUUGUACUUGUGAUGAAUGCACACAAGUUCGGAAACUUCCUUCUUGUUGGAUUUGUAACCAGCGCUGCUUGUGCUCGGCCAAAAAUGUCAUUGAGUAUGGAACUUGCCUUUGUUGUAUCAAAGGCCUCUUCUACCAUUGCUCUUCCGAUGAUGAGGACAACUGUGCUGACAACCCCUGCUCUUGCAGCCAAGGAUCCUGCUGUGCUCGAUGGGCAGUCAUGAGCUUCCUUUCUUUCUUCAUGCCCUGUCUAUGCUGCUACCCUCCUCUUAAAGGUUGCCUAUCACUCUGCCAGAAAAGCUAUGACAAAGUAAAAAGACCAGGCUGUCGCUGUGAGAAUCAUACCAACACUGUCUGCAGGAAAAUAUCUUCAUCUAGUGGCACACCAUUCCCAAGGCCUUUUGACAAACCAGUAUGACCUAAGAAGACCGUCAUGGAUAUGAUCCUACUUCCUACUUUCCUUUAGUACUUCCCGCUGUCCACUUCUUGGAAACACUUGGUGCCAGAGUCAGCGAAAGCCUUACCAACACCCUAUUAACAAUUCAGGAAUGUAAGAAAUAUUUUUAACAGAAUGUAAUUUGGGUGGAACAAUAAACAAUUACAUAAAGAUAUAUAGAUUAAAUAGACACCUCUAAAACUCCUCAAGUUCACACUGCAGUAGACCAUGUGACUUUUGGUUCUGUAAUGAUGACAUUGAGAUCUCUGCCAUAUGACCUCCUCUGAGUAGGAUAUCAUCUGUGUAAGAAUGGAAGUUAUAUAAAAGUGGUCUGAAGAAAUCUUCUGCCUGGACAUAUUACAAGUGAAACACUUAAAAAAAAAAAAAAAAGCCAGGA